UUAGCCUUCUGAAACCGCGUUCUCGUUUUUCGUCUGUCCAUCGGUCCGGUCGUCAAAAAGUUUUGUUUUCCUUUCGUCCUUCGAUCGAUUGCCUGCUUUGUCGUAAAUUUAGAUUAUAUUUCUAAAUUUUCGCUGCUAGAGCGGAUAAAAGGAAAUUGACAUCCCUAUGCACAUUGUACGGUCGCCGAAAAAGUGCCGCUAGGGAACAGUGUCAUCCGUUGCUGUUUGCCUGCCGUUUUCUCUCGCUCUGUGGUGUUGCAGUUGCUGCAGAGUAAGGGUCGUUUUGUCCACGGAGCAUCCGAAAUAGUGUCACGGCUGGUUCCCCAAACAAACCGCAGACCCACGAUCGGUCUUCUUCACCUCGGAAUCACGACUGAUAUACAAAGAGAGUGAGCUUCCUGGAAAGCUCCUCCUGAAUCGCUCAAAUUGGAGGCGAAAAAGUCAAAAAUGGUGCUGGCCGACCGAACCACUGAGAACGUCGUCCGAAACGGGCGGAGAUCACGGGGGCCCAGUCCCAAUGGCCACUCGGCACUGCUGGCCGCCGGUGGAAUCACAGAGUCCAGCUCAGAUGACGAAAACUCAAGGAAAAAUGGAAAUUCCUCCAAGGAAACGAAAAAGAAGAGUGAAUACGAAGAGAAAAUUCGUGUUGGACGUGAUUACCAAGCGGUGUGCCCAGAACUGAUACCAGCACCAGAACGCAAACCAGAGAACCUGAAUGACCGAGCUCUGCUGGUGUGGUCUCCUACGAAGGAAAUUCCAGAUCCAAAACUGGAAGAGUACAUAACGGUGGCCAAAGAAAAGUACGGAUACAACGGCGAGCAAGCACUGGGGAUGCUGUUCUGGCACAAACACGAUCUUGAGCGGGCGGUGUUGGAUCUUGCUAACUUCACCCCCUUCCCGGACGAGUGGACCGUUGAGGACAAGGUUCUGUUCGAGCAGGCAUUCCAGUUCCACGGCAAAAGCUUUCACAGAAUUCGACAAAUGCUACCGGACAAGUCGAUUGCUAGCCUGGUCAAAUUCUACUACUCAUGGAAGAAAACGCGCAGUCGAACCAGCGUCAUGGAUCGGCAGGAGAAAAUGAAGAAGAACGACAGCUCGGAGAACGGGAGUGAUCACGGGAGUAACGAGGACUCGGACAACGAUGACAAGACAUGCGGGUCCAGUAAACGUAGCUACAAUUAUGGCAUGCUCUACGAGAUGACCAAACGCAUGGCGGGUGCUUUGCUCUCGCAAAAAGGUUGCGCCCUUCACGAAAAGGAAGUGAUCGGAAUCCUACUCCCGAAUAUGCCUGAGUACGUUCCGGCUAUACACGGAUGCUUACUAGCAGGUUUGACGGCCACUUUCGCCAAUCCACUCUAUACUCCAGAGGAAAUUUGUCGACAGUUUGACAUGGCCGGUGUGCGCCUAAUUAUCACACUACCAGUCCUCCUUCCGGUAGCACAAGUCUACAAAAGCAAAGCUAAGAAAUACAAGGGGACAAUCAGUAUUGGUGGCCGGCAUAAUGUCAGUGAAAAUAUUUUCGGUUUCGAAGAGCUGCUACGUGAGGAUCAUAAAGUUGACCUCCCCGUAAUCGACCCCGAAGAUACGGCCAUUUUGCCAUUUUCAUCUGGAACAACUGGAAUGCCCAAGGGAGUCGAGCUGAGCCACAACAAUCUGGUAGCGAACUUGGCCCAGGGGUCGCAUCCAGAAAUGAAUAGGUAUUACCGGCCAGAAUACGCUAAUAUUCGGGACACCAUAUUGACAAUUCCACCAUUUUUCCAUAUUUAUGGCUUCAACGGAAUUCUCAACGAGAGCAUCAAAUGCCGAAACCAUUUGAUAUCAAUUCCAAGGUUUAUUCCCGAAGACUACAUCCAGUGUUUGGUGGAAUUCAAGCCAACUUUUCUUUUUGUCGUUCCCUCGCUGAUGCUAUUCCUGGCCACCCAUCCGAAGGUGACCCAGGAACAUCUGUCGAGUGUGAAUGCCAUCCUGGUUGGUGCAGCGGCCGCGCCUCUCCAGCUACAGGACAAGUUCAAGCAAAAAUGCGGCAAAGACGUGGACAUCACCCAGGGAUACGGAAUGACCGAGAGCUCUCCGGUCACUCUCUGCACUCCGGUCAAGUACGAUUUGUCCAAGGUCGGCACGUGUGGCCAAUUGUAUCCAAACACGCAAGCCAAGAUUGUGUCGCUUACGGAUGGUAGCAACCUGGGUCCCCAUCAGUCGGGAGAGCUGUACAUCCGAGGCCCGCAGGUUAUGAAGGGCUAUCUGAACAACGAAAAGGCCACGAAAGAGACGGUCGAUUCAGACGGAUGGCUACAUACCGGGGACGUUGCGUACUACGACGCGGACGGAUAUUUCUUCAUUGUAGAUCGCACGAAGGAACUGAUCAAGGUCAAAGGAAAUCAGGUGUCACCAACGGAACUGGAAAAUCUAAUCCUAGAACUGCCAGAGGUCUCCGACGUAGCCGUCGCCGGAAUCCCGGACGAAAUGGCAGGAGAACUUCCGAGGGCUUACGUAAUUCUAAAGCAAGGACAGACGCUCACUGACAAGAAGAUUAUAGACCACGUGAAGGAUCGUGUGGUCAAAUAUAAACAAUUAUCGGGAGGAGUAUUGUUUGUCAAGGAAAUUCCUCGGAAUGCCGGAGGAAAGGUGCUUCGGCAUCAAUUGCAUCUGUUGGGUGAACAGCUGGAUGACGCUUUGUAGUGAAUUCAUGUUGUAUAGGCUUUUAUUUCAAUGUAGUGUGCUUGGUGUUUAAAGUGUAAUUUUGUAAUUAUGUUUCGUGUUUGAAGAUCAAUUGUGGUAAAUAUUAUGAUCAAUCAUAGAAGCAAAUAUAUAUAUAUUUUUGGAUAAAAA